AUGGGUUCGCAGACGGACAACUCCAGCGAUAGCGCUGCGAAUAUUAUAUUCAUAGGAGCUGGAGCGCCUGGCCGCAAUGUUCGUGUCUCGCUCGUGGCCAGAUCCAACUACAAAGCCAUCAACGAGUCGGGCGUAAAGCUGCAGACCCAUUCAUUUGGCAAUUACACCUUCAAACCACACGCGGCCUUCUCCUCCGUCGAAGCUGCGGCAUCCGCAAACAAGGACGGCUGCAAGACGCAGUGGGACUACGUCUUCGUGACGACCAAGGCACUACCUGAUCGUUCAGAUGACUCCGCCAUGAUUGCCCCCCUAAUCGGACCCAGUACGAGCAUCGUUCUGAUACAGAACGGUGUUGGUGUCGAGGAGCCUUUCCGUCAGCGGUUUCCCGGCAAUCCCAUUGUGAGCGCUGUGACUGUCGUCAGCGCCGAGCAGACGUCGCCAGGCGUCGUCCGCCAGAACCGAUGGACGCGGAUAAGCAUCGGUCCGCAUACAGACGGACUCGGAACAGGCGACCCCAAACUUGGCCGGCUCGGCACACGGGCGGUCGAGCAGCUCAGUAUGUGGUGGGGCCCAGGCUGGGGUGGCAUACGUGACGUCGAGCCUCAUGAUGAGAUCGGGCUGCAGACAGUGCGAUGGCACAAGCUUUGUAUCAACGCGGCGUUCAAUCCGAGCGCGGUGCUAAGUGGCGGAAGGGGCAAUGCCGACAUGGUGACGGACCCGGAGCUACGGGAGCAUGUAGUCGGCAUCAUGAACGAGAUCAGAACGGCGGUGCCCAAGAUACUGGGGAGGGAAUUUCCCGAUGAUUUGGCUAAGCCGGACCGGAUCGUGAAGAGCACGGAGCGGAACACGGGAGCUAGGCCUAGUAUGCUGCUCGACUGGGAGGCGGGGCGGCCGCUGGAACUGGAGGUGAUUCUGGGCAAUCCGGUGAGGAUAGCCAAGGCACACGGGGUCGAGAUGCCGCGUCUGCAGACUUUAUAUGCGCUUUUGAAAAGCGCUCAAGCAAUACGCGAGGAGGGGACCACAAAGUCAAGACUAUAG